AUGUUCCAGCCUCAACCAACGCCUUUUGCGUUUCACGCCUCGGCACACAACCCAUACUCUCACGCUCAUCCCCACGGUCAUGGUCAAACGUACAUGCAAAGCCAGAGCGGCUCGCCGCAGGAUCACCGGCCUCAGAACAGCGGAGGCUAUAGCAUCAGCACUGGGGCAGCAGGGUUAGGAGAAAUGAUGAUGAGGAACGAAGAAGGCGGAGGAGGAGCAAGAGGAAGAGGGGUAGGAAGAGUGGAGAUGAGGAUGAGGAUGGGUAUGGCGGGCGAUGGUGUCGGAGGAGGUGCAUCUCACGACGCCGGCAUUGAUACAGGAAUGGCGGGCUCACAUUACGGCUACUUGUCGUCAGCGAGAGCAGAGAGGGGAUCAGGAAGCGGCCCUAUUUCUGGCUCUGGCUCUGGCUCUGAUUCUGAUGCUGUUUCUCGUUCUGGUGGUCGAGGCCAUGGACAUGGUCUAGGUCGAGGUCAUGGCCAAGCUGGAGCUGUUGGAGCUGGCAUGGGAGCUGGAGCUGGAGCUGGAGUGGGUUCAUCGUCGGGUGCAUCGUCGGUGGGACUGGACAGCAUGGGUAACCCCCUGGUGAUGGGCGGCGGUGGUGGUGGUGAUGGUGGUGAUGGUGGCGGCGGCGGCAGGCUAGGGCUGGGGAUGGGGAUGGGGAUGGGACAGAUGGGCAUGGGCAUGGGCAACUUGAACGGCAUGGGUAUGGGCCUGGGCCACAGUGGGCUGUCCCUGUCGGCGCAGUCGCAGCCGCGGUCGCAAUCACUGUCACAGUCGCUAUCUGGUGUUAUGGGGAUGGGCGGGGAAGCUGCAGGCACACACAGCCUGAAUGCUGCGUCGUCGCCGGCCGGACCUGGAACCUCGCUAAUGACAGGAGCAGCACAACAGCAGCAGCAGCAGCAUCAAUACCAACAGCGCCAACAACAACAACAGUAUCCUGGGCGGCAACAGCAGCAGCAAAGACAGCUAGUCUCAUCAGCAGCAACAGCAGGAGCAGUGGGAGGGCCGUUGGCGACAACACUAAUAGCGGCUACAGCGCCUAUGGUUGGCCCCGGCCCGGUCGCCGGCCGGGCUCCAGCUGUCACCAGCACCAGCACCAGCACCAGCACCAGCACCGGCACCACUCCCGCAUCGCGCGCAGUUCAGGUUCAGGUUCCUGUUCCUGUUCAGAGUCAGGUUGCUGCACUUGCACAUCAUCAUCAGCAGCAGCAGCAGCAGCAGCAACAGCAACAGCAACAGUCUCAGUCUCCUUCAUCUGCCUCCACUCCUCCUCCUUCACUACUACUUCCUCCAACCACCACUUCAACCACCACCACCAACGCCAACGUUGUCUCUGGCGUUUCCGCCGUGGCUUCGGCUGCUCCUUCUGCUGCCCACUUGCACCUUAACAACCACCAUAACAGCCCCGGCGCUGCUUCUGCUCCUGCCUCAUCCUCCUCCGCGUCUUCUUCCUCCUGCUCCUCCUCCUCCUCCCGCUCCCUCUCCCGCUCCUCCCACCCCCAUUCCCACUCCCACUCCCAUUCGUCCUACGGAUACUCCCACGCCAACCUUUACUCCAACCACAACCUCCUCCACGGACACCUCCAGCAGCAACAACACCCUCCUCCUCCUCAUCCUCACCCCGGCGCCUCUUCUUCGACAACAUCCUCUUCUUCUGCCUUUUACACCACCAACUCCAACGCCAACCCAGGCUUCACAAACACCGCCGCCGCCCUCGCUCCUGAUCACGCCCACGCUCCAGCCCACGCCGUGAGCAGCACUCGUCGUCCUUGCGCCAUGGAACCCGGCGACCCCUCCGACGUUGCCGCCCAAGAAGCCGCCGCUCGGGAUUAUCAGCCACAGCUCCAGGUGAGUUGGCUCGCCACCCCGACUCCGGGAGACGCACGCCUAGCUCCCGUCGCCGAACCCCCCAAGCUUCGACUGCUCGUGCUCGUGCUCGUCCUCUCUCUUUUCUCGCCCUCAACCCACAAGAAUCUCACAAUCCUCUUUGAGUCCAAUGCUAUUGAAUCCAAUACCAUUGAAUUCCAUGUUUCCUCCACGUCCAAAGCUCCCAUCGAACCCGAAUCCUUACUCGGUUUAUUGGUGGGCGACAAGAUUACCAGCGACGCCAUAACCGACGAGUACGCCAAGGCUGACGAAAUCUAUAUCGCAAAGACCAUCAGCCUUCCCCAGACAUAUUCUCACUAUCGCCCUGUUCAAGGUGACGGAAAUUGCGGCUGGCGAGCAAUCGGCUUCUCCUACUUUGAGCAUCUCAUCAACAAUGGCGACCAGCAUCAGAUCCUCGGCGAGGCCGCGCGCAUCACGAGCUUAAAUCAGUAUCUCCUCAACGUUGGCGGCUACGAUCGGAUGUUGUUUGAGGACAUGGUGGAAGAGACGAUUGGCUUGUUAAAAGAUGUCGCCCAGAAUAUUGCCAACCCACAGCUAGCCAUGGGCAUCAUGGUCCAGCGCUUCAACGACCAGGGCUCUUCCAACGCCAUCAUCUACCACCUUCGCUUGUUGGCGCUCUCAUGGCUCAAGGGAAAUGUUGAGCUCUACGAACCCUUCAUUCCCGCCGAGACGGGUAUCAUCGGCUAUUGCGCCGAAAUCGAACGCCCAAACAGAGAGAUUGACCAUCUCGGCAUCAUUCUGCUCGUUCAGGUGCUGCUAAAACCCAUCAACUUCGUGCUGGAGAUUGCGUAUCUGGAUCGUAGCCCAGGAAACCAAGUCAACAUUUACCGCUUUCCGGACGAGGCCAAUGGUCAAGACCCUGCCACUCUGGGCCCCAUCAUCUACUUGCUCUACCGGCCCGAUCACUACGACAUUCUAUACAAGUCGCCUCCGAAUCCGCCACCCUUGAAUCUUCAGGUUCACCGUGUUGGUUCCUUUUCUCAUUCUCAAGAGAUUGCGAGCGUGGGUCCUCCUUUGCACAGCUAUUCUCUCGACUACGGCCCCCUGGCCAUGCUGCCCGGAUUCGGGGGCCCGCCCUCGGGCUUGUCUUCCGCUCUGUCUUCGCUCGGCUCGCCCACAUCUACAUCUCCGCUUCCAGACGCCUAUGACCCUUCACCUCAAUCUCCUUGGCUCGCGACGCCGUACUCUGAUCAUCACAUUCAGCAGCAGCAGCAGCAGCAGCAGACGGCACCAGCCCCUCGACCGCAGCCUCAAACGCCAGCUCGACCACAACAAUCGACGCCUGCCCCUACGAAGCCGUCGCAACCGGUUGACUACCAGCUCAGAUUUAGUCACCAGUGCUGGCAUCUCAACAACACCAGCUCGGCGCAACCGUCAGUGAUACCCGGCCAAGCCGGCUUCCAUGAACCCAGCUUUACUACCGCAAUGUUCAAGAACAGCCAUUUCAACAAGGCACACUAUAAUAAUCCUCACUUUCAUCCCGAGGAGUGGACUCCGGACGAUGAUGGCCACCACGAGCGGCUGCCGGCGCCCAAGAAGAAGGGAAGGGUCAGGUUGGAUCACUAG